GCGAGAAAGCGUGCUCAUGUGAGAGAGACUUAGAGACUACUAGAGAGAGAGAGAGAGAGAGAGAGAGAGAGAAAGCAAAAGAGGGUGAGAGAGAGACAGACAGAUAUAGAGAAGGCUGAAACACAGAGAGUGAAGUAAAUAAAGAAUGCAAGAAAGACUGUACAGUGACGCAGUGCUUCUCUGUCUACUUUAGGUGUACGAAUUCUGUGGAGGCAGCGUGAUACAAGGACUAUACAUUUCCUGUCUCCUUUCAGCCGGAUAUACUCCGAAAAGGGCAUCAAUGACCAUUGGACCAUAUACUUCUCCACAAUAUUGCAGGCACUAAAGGUGGACUUUUAACAAGUGCAGUGACAAUGCAGGAGCAUCUCUCAGUCCAGCACAUGGGCACCAGGAGCACAAAGCUCUCCUAGUAGUGAGGUUUGUCCUGGGCCUCGUCCGGACUACCAUGACUGACCUCCUGGCCAACCUGAGUGUUCCAUGGGGCACACAGGCGAUUGUGUGCCCCAACCUGACAGCAGCAGCCCUGGUUGUGCCGGGGUCAGGCAAGUCUCUGGCCCCCUUCUGCACCUUCUGCUGCUGUGGCCUGCUGAACCGUACCCUGGCCGUGGUGUUUAUGGUCAGUCUGGCCUUCGCCAUAGUGGUGGGCAACGUGGUCACGCUCACUGUCUUCAUGCAGACAAGACAGGUCCGUACACCACAGGGAUACCUCAAAGUCUCUCUGGCCAUAGCGGACAUGAUGGUUGGAGUGCUGGUGGUUCCUUUCUCUGUCUUCACUGAGAUCUCUCUGAUGGUGACCAGCUCCUCUCCUGUCUGGUACCAGGGGGGCACUGACCCCUCCAUGGGGGGCCUGGUGGGACCCUGGCAGCCCUGCAUGCUGAUUGGUCCAGUCUUCGCUGGCUGUACGUUUGUCUCCAUCAGUACUAUUUUCCUGAUGACGGUAGAGCGCUGUGUGGCCAUCUUAUGGCCCCUACAUAAGGACCACCUGGUGACACGGAGACGUACCCUGUUUCUCAUCCUCUUCUCCUGGGCAGGCAGUUACCUUCUGGCCCUAGCCCCCCUCAUCCUCAGCAACAACUUCACACUGGAGUACAGUGAGUGCAGCCGGAUGUGUAACUAUGUCCCCCUGUGGGAUGGAGUCACUCUGCCCCCUGACGCCAACAUCCUCCUACUGUUCCCUGUGUUUGACUUUACACUGCUGGGCGGCACCCUGGUAUUCAAUAUCCUGUCCUUCACCAGCAUCCGCCGCUACACACGCAAACGUAAGCUCAUGUCAGAGGGGAAUGUGGGGGUCGAGGGAGGGGGAGGCGGCUGCCAACAUAGACCCUCCUUCUCUGACAUCAAGGCCGCCAAGACGAUCAGCAUUCUGACGUUUGCCUUCACGGCUUCCUUCACCCCCAUCGCUGUGUUUGUGCUGGGCAACGUGGUGGGCUUCACCUGGUGCAACUUCUCCUUUGUAGCCUUCUGGAUCCUGACUGGGAACAGCUGCUGUAAUGUGAUAAUAUACAGCGUGAGAGACCAGCGCUUCAGGAAAGGAGUGACUCUGCUUUUUCAGAGGGAGCAUUCACCUACCCACGGGGAGAAAGGCGGAGCUACCCCCCCCACUCACCUUGUGACUACAACCCCACCUCCUUAAACUAUUUUGAAAAGACAACCAGUGCCCUUUUCUUUAACUUUACUAUGGAGAGAGGGGUUUAAUCAGCAUUUAACUUCAGGUUAAAAAAAAUACUUUUUUCACUGUGUCUAAAUAAUGAAAGAUAACUGUAGCUACCCUAUGUGGGAUCUAGUAGUUGCCAGCAUCAUUUAAAUCAUAUGACUCAAGCCGUCUCAUUGGACUAUGUGAGAUAUCUGUGGGGGAUAUCUUAAUAACAUGCACUUUAUCAUAGAGAUGGAAGUAAUGCAUGGUUUUCAUUUGUUUUGUGACCGUCCAGAAACAUGUUAAUUUUGCACAAUUUUCUCUAUAAUAGCUUUUAUUUUUGCUACAAUACCAUUAUAUUCAUGAGGAUGGCGUAAUCAAAUGUGAGUGAAUGAAUUGUAAGAAUGCUUUGAAUCUAAAUGAAGAGAGAUGUUGAUGUUUUGUACAGUUAUGGGCAAUUCGACGGGUCCGUCAUCUGUACUACACAGUAAUGCAUAAUUAUGGUUAGGAAUGUCAUUCUCCUCAAGGUGAUGUAUCCUAAAUAGGUACAGAAAGGUUUACAUAUGCAAAAUCUUCUUUUGCAUAUUUGGAUAUUAUUCUACACACGGGCUAUUAGUUUAAUGAGCUCUGCCCCCAAACAAGACCAAAUUAAAUCUGAACCAAUCAUAGAUGUCUUUGUUUCACAAGUUUAGACAUCAAAGUACAGCAUAGUACAAUACAGCACAGUAGAGUACAAAACAGCACAGUAGAGUACAAUACAGCACAGCACAGUAGAGUACAAUACAGCACAGUACAGUAGAGUACAACACAGCACAGUAGAGUACAAUACAGCACAGUAGAGUACAGUACAGCACAGUAGAGUACAGUACAGCACAGUAGAGUACAGUACAGCACAGUAUAGUACAAUACAGCACAGUAGAGUACAAUACAGCACAGUAGAGAACAGUACAGCACAGUAGAGUAGAGUACAAUACAGUAGAGUAGAAAUCAGUAGAGUUCUGUACAGUAUAUUCUAGUGUACUCAACUGUAGUAUGCUCUACUGUGUACUGUUCAAUACUGUGCAGAACUAUACUCUACUUUUCUUUACUGUACUGUGCUGUCCAAACUGUGAUUUGUGAAUACUAUUUCAAGGCACAAGGCAAUGUUUCUUAAACAUACAGAAGGCAGAUACAUUUCUCCAAAGGAAAUAUGUGUUGAUAUUAGUUGGCAGGGGUCUUUACAUCAACAUUAUUGUGUUUUGAUGUCUUUUUCUGGUAGCUGUUUUCUAAGCCCCCUUUUCCAGAAAAUCAAAGCACUUGCUUAGUCCUAAUUUCUAGGACGGGAAAAAGGUUCAACAAUAUAUAUAGACUCUUAGUUUUCAUUUGACACCCUCCUAUUUUUUAAAUAUUUUUUUUUAACCUUUAACUCGGCAAGUCAGUUAAGAACAAAUUCGUAUUUUCAAUGACCGCCUAGGAACAGUGGGUGAAACUGCCUGUUCAGGGGCAGAACGACAGAUUUGUACCUUGUCAGCUCGGGGGUUUGAACUUGCAACCUUCCGGUUACUAGUCCAAUGCUCUAACCACUAGGCUACCCUGCCACCCCUAUGACCUUCACAUGUUGGUGUUCAUGGGUCCUUUCACAUAAAAUGUACCUUAUUCAUCUCAUGGAUGCCAGUGUACACACGGAAAAACGAAUAUGAAUGGUACAACAAGCUAAAAUGAAUACGAAGCAUUAUAAAUUCUCUGAAAUAGACAAAACGAUUCAGAUGCUUUAUCUUAUGUUUUGAGAGUGAACGACCCACAAAGACCAAAUCCUCUGUUUAAACUUUUCUGCGGAGAAGCUGUAAAGUUACACCAUUAAAGGGGCUACAUCUAUCUCUGAAUAUUCUCAUACCAUUAUACUUAUGUUAUUUAUAAGAUUAUUAUUAUUAGGAAAAACAUGCCCAAGAUAUUUACAGCACUUAAACAAUGUUGAUCGAAUAAAUGCAAAUCAGUUUAUUUAAAUUCGAAUCAUGUCUAACUCAAAAUGACAUGACUUAAAGUAAACAUGCUGAUAAACAUUUUGUAGCAUUUUCAAUAAACCUCACUAAAAAGUUGUUUUGGUACAUUUUGUCACAGUGGCAAUGAUAAUAUUUCAUGAAAAUAACAUCUGUUUUGAAAUAUUUGACAAGCUUAGA